UUCUUUGAAGGUUGCUCUUAUAAUUUUGACCUUGAGGAUUUAUUAAGGGCUUCAGCUGAAGUGCUGGGUAAGGGUAGUUAUGGCACAGCAUAUAAAGCUGUCCUGGAGGAAUCAACGACAGUAGUGGUUAAAAGGUUAAAGGAAGUGGUUGUGGGCAAGAGGGACUUUGAACAGCAAAUGGAGACUGUUGGAAGGGUUGGGCAACACCCAAAUGUUGUGCCACUUCGUGCUUAUUACUACUCAAAGGAUGAAAAGUUAUUGGUUUAUGAUUAUUAUUCAAGUGGCAACUUAUCAACACUUUUGCAUGGAAACCGGGGAGCUGGAAGAGCGCCACUUGACUGGGACACCAGAAUAAAGAUAUCCCUUGGGACUGCAAGAGGAAUCACUCAUGUUCAUUCCAUGGGUGGCCCAAAAUUCACUCAUGGAAAUAUUAAAUCCUCAAAUGUCCUUCUCAACCAAGAUCUUGAUGGUUGCAUCUCUGAUUUUGGCCUGACCCCUCUUAUGAAUGUUCCUGCAACUCCAUCUCGGAGUGCAGGCUAUCGUGCUCCCGAAGUGAUUGAAACUCGUAAGCACAGUCAUAAAUCAGAUGUGUACAGUUUUGGUGUUCUUCUCCUUGAGAUGCUGACUGGAAAAGCGCCACUCCAGUCUCCAGGCCGUGAUGAUAUGGUCGAUCUUCCGAGGUGGGUUCAGUCUGUUGUUAGGGAAGAAUGGACAGCUGAGGUUUUUGACAUCGAGUUGAUGAGAUUCCAGAACAUUGAAGAAGAGAUGGUGCAGAUGUUGCAAAUUGCCAUGGCUUGUGUGGCAAAAGUGCCAGACAUGAGGCCUAAUAUGGAUGAAGUUGUUAGAAUGAUUGAAGAAAUCCGGCAAUCUGACUCGGAAAACCGGCCGUCAUCUGAAGAGAACAAAUCAAAGGAUUCAAAUGUGCAGACUCCAUGAUUGUUUACAAAAUUUGUGCCUAAUUAUUUCAAGAUUCAGUAUUUUCUAUGGGGAGAUCAUAGUGAUGUUUUCUCAAGCAUUAUUUGGAACUUUGAUGCAUCUGUGGUGGCUUCGUACAGUGUGAAUCUGUUCAAUUGUGCAAUUUUUCUUAGGAAUGUAGGUUUAUUUUUUUCCUUUUUUUCAACUCAUUUGAUGGGUUUUUCAUUUAAAAAUUUGUUGUAAUAAUUUUCAUUUCAACUUUGUGAAUCAUUUGAUGACCUUCAAUCAAUGUUAGUUAAUCUGU